AGGAAGGUUUCGCUCCCCCCCGCCCCACAGCGGAGUGGUAUUGCCCACUCCUAUAAAUACCGAAGGCACCACUUAGUUGGUUCUGAGGGACCCAGCGGCGGGUGGUGGCUGUGGGCCGGCUGGCUGACAGGCGGCGUUGCAGGCGGGGGCGCAGUGCUGUGGCGAAAAGAAGUUCUCCCUGCAGGGAAGAGCCGUGUGAUGCCCGAGGUGCUAGAGAAGGAGAGCCACGCAGCGGGCCGGCGAGAGGACUGUGAGGGCAGCUCCAGGAGAAGGAGCUGGGGGCUGUUGGUCACUGCUGGUGUUGGUGGGACAUUGGUGGCCCUCUAUGCUGCGGUUACACCCUUUGUGACCCCGGCUCUGAGGAAAGUGUGCCUGCCCUUCGUUCCUGCAACUUCUACUCAGAUCCAGAACGUGCUGAAAAUGUUAGAAAACAGAAGUGGCUCCCUAGUUGACAUUGGUAGCGGGGAUGGCCGUAUUGUGAUAGCAGCUGCAAAAAGGGGAUUCAAAGCUGUUGGUUAUGAACUAAAUCCCUGGCUAGUCUGGUACUCCAGAUACCGUGCCUGGAGAGAUGGAGUACAUCAGAACACCAGAUUUUAUAUUUCAGAUUUAUGGAAGGUUUCGUUUUCCGGUUAUACGAAUGUUGUUGUUUUUGGGGUACCUGAUAUGAUGCCACAGCUGGAGAAGAAGCUGGAAGAAGAACUUCAAUGUAGUGCCAGAAUCAUUGCCUGUCGUUUUCCUUUCCCUUGCUGGAUCCCAGAUCAUACUACUGGAGAGGGAAUAGACACUGUGUGGGCCUAUGAUUUGAAACAUUCUAGAGGAUGUGAAACAAAAAGCUUGGAAACUACACCAGAGACAGAAUCCUAAUUUUUUUUUGUACUGAAAUUUUUGGCUUUGAGUUUACCUGCUUAAAGAUAAGGUUAAUGUGAAUAGAGCCCCAUGUCGUGGUUUAACCCCAGCCGGCAAUCAAGUACCACGCUGCCACUUGCUCGCUCCCCCUCACCCAGAGGGAUGGGGAGGGGUGUCGGAAAGGGAACGUAAAACUCUAGAGUUUAAAGAACAGUUUAAUAGGUAAAGCAAAAGCCGCACACGCAAGCAAAGCAAGGAAUUCAUUCCCCACUUCCCAUGGGCAGGCAGGUGUUCAGCCAUCGAAGGACAGCAGGGCUCCAUCAUGAGUAACGGUUACUUGGGAAGACAAACGCCAUAAUGCCAAAUGUCCCCACCUUCCUUCUUCCCCCAGUUUAUAUACUCAGCAUGAUGUCAUGUGGUAUGGAAUGCCUCUUUGGCUAGUUGGGGUCACCUGUCCCGGCUGUGUCCCCUCCCCAUUUCCCGUGCCCCUCCAGCCCUCUCGCUGGCAGGGCCCGAGGAACUGACAAGUCCUUGAUUUAGUAUAAACAUCACCCAGCAACAACUGAAAGCAUCAGUGUCCUAUCAUUGUUCUCACAUCAGAGCCAAAACACAGCACUGUACUAACUACUAUGAAUAAAUUAACUCCAUCCCAGCUGAAACCAGGACACCCAGGAUCUGGACAUAAAUAUUUACUAAAGUAGCUGAAGUACAUUGGUUAUUUGAAAGCACACAAAAGCAGUGAAAGGUGUAGUUAAAUGGCUUAAUGUGGUUAGUAAGAAUUAUAAGAAAGUUUUAUAGAAGUGGAAAACUUUAAUAUGGAAAAUGGGAUAAAAUGCGGUUCACUACUCUUAAGGGGAAUAUAUGUAUAAGUUAAAAUGCUCAAAUUAGCAGACUUAAUAUGUGCUUUAUUUCUGAGCCUACAUAGCGUUUGUUACUGGUGUUGGAAGUGGUGUGCAAGCGGCUUCUCAAAUGAGCCAUAGUUCCCAAAUGUCUUCAUUAUGUAUGCCAAGUAGGCAUACUGAUGCACAGUGAGUAUCGUGAUGAACCUGAAGUUUUAUAACUCGGCCUUGAAUGUGUACUUUUAAAAGUUGAAUAUGACACAACAAACAAAUAUAGCAAGUUGCUUAUUCAUUAACACAAGUGCAGCCCUUGAGUAUAUUAAUGUAUUUUUAUUUAACUUAAGUGCUUAUUUAACAAAGCUGCAGAAAUGUGCUCUUACUGAACAAUUAUUGGUACAAGCCUUUACAAAUUAAAAAUAUUUUUCCUAACCUUUCUGAUUUAGAAAGGGUUUCAAAAGUCACUUACUUGGCAGUGAAGUGUCACCACUUCUGUGUACUCAAACCUUGGAUAAGGUAUGGGUGAGAGUUGCUUACUUCAAUGUGUCACAAGACUCUCUGACUCCAGAGCUAGUUGGUCUGGCUAGCUUGGUUAAAUCUGAUUAGACCUCAUUUAAUUUAUAGUGUGAUGGGAAGGGAGGUUUUCGAUCGGGCAUCUUUUUCCCAUCUACUUUUCUAUGCCAUUUGAUGAGACCUCAGAAACUCAUGGUGUUGCUGCAUGGCUUUUCCUUGCAAGUGAAGCAAGUUCUGGAUUUUUGCUGAUACUGGUUUGUAGUGGGGUACUGUCACUGCCAUGAGGUUUUCCUUUUCUAACAUGGUUACAGCACUUUUCCAUUUUGUAACAGUUUGCUUACUUGGUCUUUCUUCUGGUUCUUGGGUAAAGAUAUCCUGUUUUCACCCAUUAACAAUUAGUCAAAUUUUAUAGUUAGCCUCCCCUGGCCCCAGUUAACAUAUAGACUGUUUGUUAAGCAGUGAAUACAUAAGUUUGUCAGACCUUUGCAUACAUGAUACCCACAGAAUGAAGCUACAACAGGCUAGGGAAUUGUCAUGUGGCUUCUAGGCACUCUACCACAACUAAAAUUAGCUCAGAGAAGUGCUUAGACACUACAACUUCAGGUAAAUACAGAGACCCUGACAUCUUAUCGGACACUGGGAAAGCCCGUAUGCUGGAGUAUAUCUAGUAUCUGACUUGAAGAGAAGUUCAAUAUUAUUUGGGGUGUGUACUCUACAGUUACACCUGUACCCAGGCUUUUUAUUUUUGGUGCGAGAGGAGGAGGAGGAAGGAGAAUUUAAGAUACACAUCUACAGUGCAGAUUUGAAAUGGAGCGCUGGAAUGGUUUUGUCCUGAUAAUGUGUACAAAGGAGGAGAAAAAGGCAAAUGAAUCUGUUCUGGAGUCUGCAAAGGAGAGAUCAUUUCAGCCUUGCAUGGCAAGGUGCAGCUGUAAAUGUGGAGACUGUAUGUGUUGAAGAACGCUGAUUUCUUGUAAGCAGUCUUUUACAGCCUUUCGCUGCAGUGUAACAUAAUGCAUCUUGUAAAACUACACUAAAUAUUUCUACAAUGAUUUAAGUGCUAUGAUUAUUACACAGUGACGGGGCUACGGUGGCUUAUCUAAAAUGACUGAAUUUAAUAUCCCAAGGCCAUAAAACUGAAACCUCAGACAAAGGAAAUCUGAAAAUAUUUCCAUUGGAAAAAGACCAUACAAAGGGAAAAUUGGCUAAUUAAGCUGAGUCCUUGCCUAAAUGAUUAUAAAGGAGAAGAGGAGGCAAAAGGUUUUGAUCACGUGAAUAGUAACUCAUCUGCAGCACAGUGCUCUGACCCAAGUUUCUUUCUACUGCCUACUUUCACUAAAGUUAGUUUGCAGGGAAUGAAGUGGGUAUUUACUUUUUCUGCUGUUUGUCGAUUGCAUUAUCAUUUACCUGUUGAAAGGUAAAACUGAAUUUCUCAUUUCUGCCUGCAGUAAGGCUUUGGGGCAUGUACUAGGAGCUAUCACCUAUCGCUCCAGAAAUAUUUGUUGAGGAGGGUGAGAUGGAAUUAAUGAUGUGAUGGUCUGAGCUUUAGGAGCACUAAGUGCUGUCCUCAAGUCAAGGAGAGAUUUAUGAAUGCUUUUAAAGUAAAGCAGAGGGCUGUUUCUUGCGCUGACCAUUUACUUUUGGGGGCCUACACUGAGAUAGACAAUGGUCUGAAGGUUUGGAAUUCCUUAUUUCAUAAGGAAAUGCGCUGUAUUUUGUGUUUCCAUGGCCAAAGUGUGAAAUACAAAGCAAAUUGUUUUAAUUUACACAGGGGGACUGGGAAAGCAUUUUUCUCGUCAUGUCCUAAAAUUUUCUGUCACUUGCUAUGUUCGUUUGAUAGUUUACAAGAUUAUAUACUUAACUCUGACUUCAGUUAUCACUGUAUGGAUUAUGUUGAUACACUUCCAAUUGCUAGGGUAAUAUGAUUUCAUGGAUAUGCUACUUCACAGUAAAAAUUUGUUUCUUCUGAAAACUGGGAAAGCCUUAGAGAACUGGCUUAAUCAAAUUAUAGUGUAGGUCUGAAGCCAAAAGAAGGAAACCUUCAAGCUACACAUGCUGUUCAAUAGCAAAGUAAUUCAGGUACACGGAAAACCCUAUAGUUUAUCUUUGUUUACAUCUUCUAGUAGAAUCACUUGCCCAUUGGGAGUUACUUGUUUUAUUCCUUUCUUGACCUGUCAGAUCUUAGUAAAAAAGUUGCUAUAUUGCUGAAUGAGUGGUGCUUUCCUGAAAUAUUGUAGAAUAUGAUCUGUUUGAAAAUAAUACAGGUCAGAGUUCUCCAGGAGUCAGACUUUAAAAUAUUAAUUUUUUUUGACAUUGAGACACAUUGUCUCCACAGGCUUUGUGAUGCAAGAUCAGUUGUAGCAAUGUAGCGUCUGAGUGCUACAGUUCUAAUUUUGUAGUUUUUCAUUUUCCAUAAAUUGGCUUUCUAGGGAGGGGGAGAUGGGUAUGGCUACAAGAGAGCCAUCUGAUUGGCAUGUUGUUCAGUACACUGCACAGUCACUACAGCUACACAGCAAUGUCGACCAAGCUUGUCCAGAUUUGUUUGUGAAAUGUGCACAUAUUUUGUGAGCUUUAGGCGUUUCUGUAUUACUGGGUGUAUUGAAAUUCCUGACUUAUCCUCUGGUCUGAUGAUAUGCUGCCACUUAAUCUAAUAUUGCUGCAAGGAAGUUAAUCCUCUGUCUCUGAGCUGCUGUUUAUUUCUGACUUAUGAGUUGUAGUCAGGUAAGAAGGUACAGAUUCACGUUUAGAACGAAGUACCACAUUUCACAAGCCAGUUGAAUGGGUAUGGUCUGUGGGGGAAAAAGUUCCAAAGCCCAGGUUUUGGCAAAGUCUUUCGCCUUUAAUAAAGUACACAGCUCAGGAGGUGACAGAGAUCUCCUGAGUUCUGCAUAAUUUUUUCAAGAAUGACUUGAGCUUUGCUUUUCUCAUGUGUGUGUUCUUUGCAAAUUUUUACCACUGUAGUACCAUUCUAAGAUCCACAGGGGAAGUAAGCAAAAUGCUCCCUCUGCUUAUCUUUCAUGGUUUAAGCUAUGGGAGGGAAGGAGGAGGGAAAUCUUGUGGCACAAGUAUGGCAGUCUGAACUACUUCAAAAGCAGUUUGAUAGACUUACACAUUGAGCUGGGCUAUUUCUCAUUAGAUAGGAGCAUCCAUAGUCGGCUGUGAUGAGCAUUCGUUUGGAAAUGGGGUGAUAGCGGCUACCAUUACACUUGAAUGGACACUAAUUAUCGAUAAUGACCUCAGAAUUCUGUAGUUUCACUUUUCAUGAUGGUUUACAAAUACUGAAGCAUUUAUUCAUGAAAGGAUGUGAGUCCUUCAAAUUCAUGGGUGAAGAGUGCAGCCUAAGAUCAGAUUUAAUGCCAGUAUAUUCUGCUUUGAAUGAGUUUUUUUAGUUUUACACUUGCCAAGUUUGCAGUUCUCUGGUUUCAAAACGUAACCCCAGCUUGUUUUUCAGAAGUAAAAUAUGUUUCUUCUAGAAGACUUCUGGAGUUCUUGAUAAGAAAGUGUAGCAUCUGUUUAACUUAAACAUCAUCCUGUCCUUGAGUGAAAUCAGUGCAGAAUUAAUAUUUUCAGUAUUUUUCUUUGUAUGACAAUCUUUCUACCCAUCCUUGCAUGCUUCGCUGAGGGAGACCUCUGCAUGGGUAGUUACAAUUUUUUUUGUCAUUAUUUUUCUGAAUUCUUGCUCUUAUUUCAGCAUUUGCUUUUAUUUUUCAUGUUGUCUUUAUAAGUUGAUUGUUUAACUUCAUAAACUCAUCAGAUCUUCUCAUUUCCUUUUAUUUUUUUUUAUUUUUUUUUCUGUAAACUAGUUGCUUUUUUUCCAGGAACUUUGCAGGAAGGAAUGUCCUUUUUUUUUUUUUCCCCCCCUCUAACAUUUUAACGUGUAUUUAACUAACCUCCUUGAUUUAUUUAGCAGUCUGUAUGCUGAAAUAGCAUGACUUUUGUUUCCAGUAAAUGAAAGAAAAACACAUCCACCCAUAUAGUAUUUAAACUGAAAAAUACCUUUGGUCUACACUACAAUUCUGACUAUUUAGUAGUUUUAAGUACUUAAUUUCACAUUUUUAUUAUAUUUCAUCACUUGGCAAAUAAAUGCAGGCCUUUUAUCCGUUCAGUAGAUCUUUGGGUUUGGGUUAUUUGUUCAGGUGGGACUUUUGCUGUUUUCUUUUUCUUAGUAUAAUGUUGGGGUUUCUGUUGGAGGCUUUGGUUUAAAUGUCAGACUGAUGUUUUUCCUGUGAAUUACUAUGUAGUCCUUGAAGAAUCACUGUAAUAGAAUUCAAUGAAGUAGCAUUAGUAAAAAAUAAGUAAAACCUGCUUACCAGUAAAUGUGCAGGGAUAUUUUUUAGCUUACUGUAUACAUUGUGGUUAUUUUUAAAAAUAAAGUAGGCUUUUGAAGACCCAUAUAGAGCUUGUGGCAUACAAUUUUGAGGUGAACAGAGGUCUUUGCAAGGUCAGAAGCAGUAAAUUAAUGGCUUUCAGCCUCAAGUUUGUGGGUACCUUCUGAGGAAUCCACAAAAAGUAAUUUAAAAAGCAGAUCUACUUAUCAGUAUGUUUAUAUUUGCUACCUGUGGUUAUCUCCAUCCAUUGGAAAAUUUUAAUGUGUCUGAAAAUCGUUUGAGAAUUCCUGAACUAAAAAUAUGGGUUUACGUAAGACACAAACUUAUUUCCAUUUAGCUAAUCAAUGUGAGUUUUUUCUUCUUCUGUUGUUGCUUGCAUGGACUGUUGAGCCUUGAACUCUGCAGUAUACAAAUGUGUGAGCCUCUGUCUCUCUUCUGGUAAGCAUGUAACUUCACAUUUUGCUAUGUGAGAGCAGCCAUGUGGUUUUGCACAUUCCUAUUGUGUUCUGUAAUUCUGUUUUUUUAGUUGAUCGAUGAUAGAUCUCAUUUAAGGGUCUAAUUGCUUUUUCUUCAAGAAACUUCUUAAAUCUACAUUAUCAAAGCACCUGAUCAGCUGCCACUGAAGCCUGUCUAAAAAGCCAACAGUCCCUGUGAAACGAGUGAAUGCUGUAAUGUCUGCAGCUGUCCGUGCCAGAGCUCUGGUUCAGGUAGGCAGACGCAUGCGUAGCUCUUGCAUAAGCAAUCUCUUGAUUCGUUGUUUCUUGAUAGAAAAUGAAAGUGUGAGGAGAAGACACAAAAUGAAUAAUUAAAAAUGUGAUCACUGUAAGUUCUGGGAGAAAAAAAUGUUGAGUGGUGUGGGGCAUAGCCAAAACCUAAGGGGUCUUCCCUGUCACUGUCUCUCUAGCCCCUAAGGUUUGAUGCUGUCUUCCCCACCCCACAGUUAUGUAGCACUUCUUGAAAGUAUACUUCUUUUUCUGUCUUUCCCAUUGUUUUUUCAAGCAUUUCCAUACACACAAAUCAAAAGAUUAUGUGUCCAGAUGUUCUCUUAAGUUCUUUACAGGGAUCCUCAUCAUCUAUGAUGUAUAUUUUUUUGCUGCUGCUUUUUUUUUUAGUGCACAUACAAACCAAAUUUGUACUCUGACUACCUUUACGAUCAAUGCAGAAGUAAGUUUUGUGGGUGUGAUCGAUACCAAUUAAGUUUAUUUGCAAACGCAGAUCUCACACUGAAGCAAUUAAAAAGAUUUUGAGCAGGAAUGGGACAAAUGAUGUUCAUGAUGUGAAAAUAUUAAUGUUACUUGGUGGCAGAGAUGGUAGGGUCUCCUGCGUUGAGACUUCUAAUUUCAGUUGUCAGUCUGAUGUGUCAAGCAAAGCCAGGGAAUGAAAGAUCAGUAGCAAAGCAGCGCUGUUGUGUGGUAUUUAAAAGAAAUGUAUUUUCAAAUACUAUCAUCAGAUGGUUUCAUCUAACUGUUAAGUGCUGUUAUUGUUCUGAUAAAGAGUAUGUUGGUGGGAGAACAAUUGGCUGAGCUAAUACAAUUAGUAAACGUCUUGAAGUGUGUAUUCUGUAGGACUUUCAGAUAAUUUUAUUUAAAACACCCCCACUCCCCAAUAACUUUAGAGUGACAAUAUUACAGAUUUAAAAUGGAAACUACACUUAUCACCCUCAGAAAUUAAAGAUUAGAAAACGGCUUCUAAUAUAAAAAAAGUUGCUGGCUUCAGCAAUGGGGUCUUAUUUACCAGAGCGCAUUAAGUAUAAUAUAGGUCAGAUCCAGACUGACUUAAAGAACAGUUUAAGUUUCUUAGAAGAAGUUGGCGUGUCUCGUGAGCCUCCUGGGCAUGCACUCUGAAUUAGGUUGUUUGCCUAUUCUAAGAAAAGUGCUGAUCAAACAGUGCUCGUCUCAGGAUUAUUUGCCUGCUGCAGGAAAGUUAGGUAGUCUAAGCACUUUCCAGGAAACAGGAAACCUGGAAGCUGGAUCUUUCAUGAGGCUUUGUAUAUAGCUGGUUUUUUCAUGUUUGUCUGUUACUUUGGGUGAUUAUGAACAUCAGAUGAUUGAAAUGAGGACUUUUGCCUGCUUGGGUGAUACUUAGGUGUAUAAGGAUGAAGGACAAAUUAGAGCUUGAAGCAUACAUUUAAUCCCUGUCAGGAUAACUAACCAAAAGUGAACCUUUCUCUGGUAUUGUUUUAAUCUGAGUCUGGUAAAUAUUUUAUUUCUACAGGUGUAAAACUAAAUGUUGCUUCUGAUUCAUUUAUCUUUCUAUUCUGUUGUAUGCCUGAAGAAUCUAUGUUGGCAAUACAAGUCUGUUUCUAUUACUGUGCAAAAUACACAGUCGAUAUUUUAUUGGCAUUGAGUGCCUUUAGUACAUUGGUGAGACAGUGUUCUCUCCUGGUGUUGGAUAUACAGGUCAUUCACUCAAAAUCCUCGUAGUCUCUGAAGGCACUGAAACAAGCGGGCUCUGGGUGCUGAAGACUUCCCAAAGCUUGCUCUCAGUGUAACGGGACACAGCAUCAGUGUUUUUGGUAGGCUUUUAUAAAGACUGUUUUAGCGCUGCUGAAUUUGAUCCCUCCCCCUAUUUAGUGAUUCUGCAAAGCAGAGGAUAAAUUUACUCCCAAUUUUCCUUCUGCCUAAUAGUAAUAGAACAUUGCUCUUUUGUUUUACACUGUGUUUCUGGUACAACCUAAUCAUAAACUUUCCUUCACUGGAGGCAAAGACCUAAUACCAGAGUCUUUCCUCUUCAGCACAAACUUAAGAGCAAAGCUCUUUAACUGAGGACUUUCCCCUCUGGAAAGUCUUUUCAGCAGCACCAAGACCCUGUACCAAUAGAGAUGGAAAGGCUUUCUCUCAAAUUCCUGUUGCUGAUACAGAUGCUGUUUGUUAGGACCACUACUGGGAACAUCUUGGGUUUCCACCAAGACUUGGUAUAAUUACCUCUGGCUUAAGGUUAGUUCAAGGGGAUUGAUACUGCAUCUGGUACAGAGGCUUGAAGUAGCAGGACUCUCUUGGUCUGUUUGCCUUUUUGGGGAAUGUAAAAAAUCAAAUUUUGCUCCUUACAGUAGCAUAAUUUUUUAUAUGUCAGUAAAAAUAUCACAAUAUAUUGAUAUAAAUAUAAGAAUAACCUUCUGAUCCUAAUACUCUGGGGACAGACUAAGCUGAAUGCUGCUGAAUGGAGAUUUAUAGGUUGCAGAAGGAGACACAGGUCUGUUCCCUCUUCAGUAAACAUGUGUUGUUCCUAUUAACUUUGAGGGAAUUUGUUUGCAUGCAUUAAAAAAAAAAACCACAAAGGUAGAUGAAGAUGAUGGCAGUUGGAACCCUAGUUAUUAGUUUGCAUUCAGCCCUGCAGUAAAAUGCAAUGUUUAUACAGCAGUAUUCAUUUUCAAACUGCUACUGAAUAAUAAAUCUGGCAACGGUUUUGUAGGAUUGGCUGAUAUUAUCUUCACCCUUUACAACUGAAAAAACUGUAGCAAAGAGCUAAUUUGUUUGAGACCAUAAAAGUAAUCAGUGGCAAUGCUGUGAUUAAAAUGAUUGUCUGCAACUGCAUGUCUGUGUUUACAGCUGGAAGAAUGUAUUUUUUAAAUGGCUACUCCUGAGGGUGGCAGUACCUGUGCACUUUCACAGCUGAUGGAGCCAGAGAUAUAAAAGUCAGAUGCUUGCACGAGUCAUUUAAUUCCUUCUUACUGCUUGUGACUGUAAGACUUAGCACCUACAGUGGAUGGGUCUGUCAGGCUCAUGAUCAUGGUUUUGUUUUCUUCAGUCUUACCUUUUUAUUAGCUGUUAACUACAUUUGGUGUCUCAUGGUUAUUGCUUUUAACUGCAUUUGGAUCCUUCUGUCACUUUAUAUGUGCUACUUCAGAGUAAAGCUUACUAUUUCUAUUUAAAAGUGUGUGACUUUGCAUUGUGUACUGCAUCUUGGCCUGGUUUUAUGUGAGAGUCUUGUUCUUCUCUGUUUUGACGAUUUCCAUUUUUUGUGACAGAAGAGUUCAGCUCUUUGGACAACUUAAACCUGUUGUUACUGGGAGUAUACAAUAUAAAUUGGCUGCAAUCUGGCAUAGAUAUUGGGACUUUUGUAUCUUGCUGGUUUACUUGCCUUAUAAUUUUUCUAACCUUUGUUCAUGGUCUGUGCCAUAAUUCCCUGAGGACACUGCAGUAAACAUAAAUGAAAUUUUAUUUUAUGAAGUCAUCAGAUUUAUCUGUCAUGGCCUAUGUUAGUAAGCCUACAUGUUCUCAUUUCUCACUUUUAUUUCUGUAUUUGUUCAUUGGUACAAAUUAGAUGAACUGAGAGAAGAACUAUUUUACUUAGGACUUAAUAACUUUAUCCUUCAUCAAAAUGGAAUGUAAAAUUGCAUGAAAAAGUUUUCUGUAGUUAUGACUCAUCAACAGCUCUUGCUAUUGCAACGUUCUGUCCUGACAAGCCCAAACUCAUGUUACCCUGACAUAGCCAUCAGUUCUAAAUACAAUUCCUGUCUUGAUCUCCUGGUUCAGAAGCUGUUGGAUAGUGGUCACCUUAACCAGCUCAAAAACUGCACUGAUGCAUGUUAUAUUCAUCUGCUUGGAAAACAGGCUGCUGAAAUCACAUGGGAAUCUUACUAGGUUAGUUGCUUUGAAUAAUUUUUCUAAAAUGAGAGGCAACAACUUAUCAUCUCCAAAUAUGAACAAACUCAAGACAAAAUACUUUUUCUACCAUAUGCAGGAAAAUUGAGCAACGUAUGAACAAACAUGCUACCUCCACCAUGGCAAUCAAAUUGCUUAUCUACCAGUUAAGUAAAUAUUGUCAAAGUUCGUUAGUCCAGGAACAAUGCAGUAAACAGCAUUUCUGGUUUCUGACACUUAUCACUGAAUCAUGAAAUGUGAUUGCAAAGCCUGGCCAGUCUUGCCAUAUAAAAAUGCAAUUCAGAAUGGGUAUACAGAAAAGGCUGCUUGAGAUGGUUUUCUACACAGCAAAGUGAAUUGUUUAUUUGCUUGUUGUUGGGUCCCCUCCCGUCCCCCUGUGUCCCCCCCUGCCAGAUGAAAUAUUAGUGACAGUCCUUCUCCAGCCUUGAGACUUAAGACUUUCAUCUGCACCACCUUAUGCAGAAUACUACUUUGCUUCAAUAUGUUGAUAUAUGUAAUUCACAUCAUUAGAAUGACAUAAAGUGGGAAAAGGUGCUAAGGGGAAGAGUAAUUGCUACCAAUGUGGUAGUGUUAUCCAGCCAUAGUAGCGUUUGGAUGUUUGGCCUGCACUACUUCUGUUACGCCACAUUGAUAGUGCAGGAAGAGCCGUAAAAUCAGGUAAAAAUCAAUAUGUUUUUCCAACUAGGUCCGAGAAGGGAAUAAACAAUGCAAAAAGGCCAACUGAACUGAAAUCUGCUUCUGGGGAGCAAGAAGCCUAUAUGCUACCUGCUUUCAGAAUGUUUACUAAAAAGUGAUAGACAGGAAAUGUGUAUCUCUUGAUUUAAAUUAUUUUUCUUAUUCUGGAGUUGUUACACCAUUGAUUAUAUCCAUGUGGAUUUGGGAGUAUCUGUUCAGUAGACUGAGUUUUUAUCAGCAUAAUCCAUUACUAUUUGAAAAAAACAUUUGCCCUGUAGUUUGUAUUAAAAAGAAAAAUGAGAACUGUUCAUUAAGGGUGAAAAGAAUGUAGGAAAUUGGUACAAACUCUGCCUAUCUGUAGUGUAGUGUUGCCAUGAAGCAAGCUGAUUUUUUUUCCUUGAGCAAUUGUACAAUAGAACUUUGAUUUUCAAGGAUCAAAUAUCUGUACUGCAAAUACCAAUUUUCAACAUGUUUAGAUGGAUAAUCUGCUGGAAUAGAUUACAAUCCUCACCUUUAAAAUUUGUUUACCACACAGAGCACUCUGCAUUUAUACCAUAUGCUAGUCAGUCUCAAUAAAAAGUGUGUUUUCAUCUGUGUUGUGGUACCAAUAGGCAGAUCUUCAGAAACAGAUUUCAGCUUUUCUAUUUUAUAACACUGAAGGCAAUAAAGAUUUCAGAAACUAUGGCAUUACUGCAUCUGUUCUUUAAGAAUAAUUUGAUACUAUCUCAUUUUAAAAUAAAAUGUUUCAAACUCUUGGCAUGUUAUGUGAAUGAUCUACUUAAGAUUGACUAAUACGUUAUAAUUAUAGGGGAGCUGUAAGUUGUAGGAUGUGCAAAGACUCUAAUCCUUGUUCUGAUUUUUUCAUAUUUGCUUCUUUCAUAUUGUUAUUGUUGCUUUCACUUGCCUUCGAAUUUCUGGGUCAAAUUCUGUUAGUUGUUCUCCAGACACAGGUCAGACUUUUAUGUGUGUACCAGCAGCACCUUGCCUGCCCCUGCCCAGCCCCCACCCCCCCUUUUUUUUUUAUUUUCCUUCCUAGGUGCUACAUUUAUGGAGUUUUAGCUCAAUUCAUAGUUUUUCUUUCUACAUUAGAUACAAUUUCUUAGUUCAGAAGAUAGGAAUAGGACGACUUAAGUCAGUGCCUUCACCAAAUAGGUUAAAGUGUAUUUUAAAGCAGCCUUAUUCCUGGGUAUAAAAGCCCCUUGCGGCAAAUCUUUUUCAAGCUGCCAGACUGAAAAAGCAGUAAAGUAGAUGGUAUUUUCUAGAGAAAAAAGUUUAUAAAGAACUUUUUUUAAUGCUUGACCAAAAUGAAUCUUUAAAAUACACUGCAGGCCGCAGUUGCCAGUUGCCUCAAAGAAGGUGGGUGGAGGGCAAAAAGCAGAGACUUAAAAUCAGGUGAUGACUGUCCUGAAUAUUGUCAGACCAGAUGUCUGUCAAAAAUAUGCAGAGAAGAAAAAAAUGUUGAAUACAUAAACUUCAGUGAAUGGUCUUCAUGUUAACACUGCUGUUUCUUAAAUGUUCUUGCUCUACUAAAUAUGAGGAUCAGAGACCGUCUGCAACCCAGACUGAUGAUGAGGUGGUGUUUGUCCCUUUGCCAGAGGUCCGAGUUGUACUUACAUGUUGGCAGAGCCACAGCCAGAGGUAGCGGAAGGCCCCAGUUCAGUGCGCAUCCAGCAAGUGAGGAGAACCUGGAUGCUCACACAUGGGAGUUUUCACAUGGGCUUCUGUCUUUUCUGGAAGGAACAGGUUAUUUUGCUGUCUCCUGGUAUUUUCUGAAACGAAAUGGGUAAGUGCAUGCCAGCAGGCCAAAUCCAAAUAUGAGGCCUAGUUACAAAGGAGUGACAUACUAAUAGACAUGAAGGAAAGGUGCAGCCUUCUCUGAAGUGUGUACUGCAGAGGUGGCUAGCAACGUCACGUUGUAGUGAGAAGCUCAGAGCUUUUGUGAAGAUACUAAUAGUUGGUAGUGUACAUGUGACUUACAAAGUAGAAUUAACUUUCCAUCUCCUAAAAUAAAUCUAGGUGGAGGGAGUGAAGAUAUUAAUUAGCCUUUCCUAGUGGUAAAUCCCUCUGAAGUGUAAUUGGUCUGGACCUGCUACACUUCUAUAUUUGCUGGCUUUAGCUGAUUGAACAGUUCCUUGUCCUUUGGCCUGUGGAAAAUGAAGCUGCUCUUAACACCGAGGUUGCAGGCAACUUCUGCAGGUGGGGAGUUAUAUGGUCAUAUGCACUUAUACUGAAUCCUACUAAGUUACUCUGAAUUCCUCAAAUUACUCCGACAGGGUUUAAUGAAACUGUAACAGGAACAAAACCUGAAUUAGUUUUGCUCUAGGUCACUAUUCAAUGUCUACUUUUUACAUGCAUUUAGAUCAUUUAGAAGCCUCAUUUUGGUUAUUCUGACAUAACUUUUACACAUUUGCCUUUAUUAGUGUUCACUAUGGAUAAUAUAAAAAUACAGGAAAUAAAUAACCUCUUAUAUAGUUGCAGCCCUCAUUUUGUAUGUGAACCUUGGUGGUGGUCACUUAGUAACAUUUGAAAGAAAGAAAAUUGAACUGAUAACUGAGAUGCAGACUUCUAAAUAGAUAGUAAAGCUUGUAUUCUUUUUAUUGACAUUCAGUUAAUCAGCAGCAAAGCAGUCCUUAGCCUUUUAAUGGUGGUAUUGCAUGUCACAAUAUUUGUAAUGCAACAUACGUUUUACAUUAAAAUCCUUAUGAAGCAUGUUCAGUUUGUUGCUACUGAGCCUUUCUAAAUGCAGUUGAAUCUCUUUAGCUAAGCAAAUUGUUAAUGAUAAGGUAGCCAAAUAAUAAUUUUCUUGUGGUAUGCAAUUCUGUCUCUUUAAAUAGGGGACUCCAAGAUACUGAAAGUAAUUGAAUACAAGACAGAUGUAACACUUCUGUCACAGAAUUCUCUAGAUAAAUGCCCAUAUUUAAAGUAUUUCAUCCACUGUAAAUUGUAUUUCAGUAACAAUUGGAAGACUGAACUGUGACUGAAGCAUGUUCUACUCCCUAGUCUUUAUCUACAGCCUUACCUGAAGAGACUUUGUUGGUGUAAUUAAGUUGAGUGCAUCUGAUUGCCAGCUGUAGGAAGUACAGAGGCCCUCAGGGUCCGCCUCUGCUAUUUUCAGUGAAAAGUCAUGGUUUGGUCAGUGAAUUUCCCUGGGCAGGCAGAAUAUGUAUAAUCUUUUGUAAUGUAAUAGGCUUCUAAUCAUAGCGCCAAAUGGUUGAUGGAAACUUCAGAGUUCUUAGUAACCAGCUAGUGCUGUCAGGGACAAGGACUCAGCAGUCACAGCAGUAUCAACUGUUUCCCACGCUGACCUGCAUCUCAAGACCCAAACGUCACUGGCUGGAAACGGGGCUGUGGGCCGGACAGGUACUUCUAUUUUAUCCAUUCGGUAGGUAAGAGCUUUCUUUUCCUUGAUGCUCACUGCGCUGGACUGUGGGCAGGCUCCGCAGGGGCUCUCACGUGUUAUGGCUGUCUGCCUCUCGUGACCUGGCUCCUGGUGUUGCCUAAUGUAGGUUCUGGUUCUCAGUCCUGAUGCGCGUUUGUUACCAGCCUGCAUCAGCCUUGUUUGCUUCCCUCCUGGCCCCGGGCUUCCAUCCAUCCUGUGAGCGCUGUCAGGACUGCUUGGUUAAUGAGGACUCGGAAGUUUGUUCUGUUCAUUGAGAUUUGGUGUUUCAGUGUUGAUUUUACAAGCCGUCAGUUUCUCAAGUGUAACAAAAGCUAACAAUAAGGCACAGCCCUGCGUUUGCUUGGAGAGAGAUUGUAAGCUUUUCAUUAGCUUGAGCCAUGCGAGCCAUUUAGUGUGUUACUGUUCUCUUGGAGAGGGUGAGGGAUGUAAGUCUUUGUUUUGUUUUAAUCUAAACAAUGUUCUGCAAAAGGUUUGAAUUCUGAAAGUCUGUGCUGUUUAUGUGUUUGUCCAUGUUUUCAGACUUUUGGGUACAUUUCCUGCUGUUUUUGUCAUGAUAAACGAGUAGGCUGAGGCUUUUGUGCUUGAAACCCUGACUGCAAUUUGACUGUUUAAUGUUGCAAUAUAAAAGUUGUCUGUUAAUGUAUUUGAAAUGAACUUGAAUCUGGAGACAUUAUUCACAUUAUUCCAAAUGCAAUUAUCACAAAAAACCCCAUUGUACUAUUAUUUAUUUCAUAUUUUAGAUGAGAUGCUGUGUUUUUUCUGCUUUUGCAAUAAACAGUUUGCUCUUUUUUUUUUUUCUUUUUUUUUUCUAUUCAGUACAUAGGCUUGGUGUUUUUUGCCAUUGCUUCAUAUACUCAGAACUUGCUGGGCAGUAACGUGAGAGGGUUCAUGCUGGUUUUAUCAUCUUAAUGAAGAUUAAGCAAUGGAGACAGGAAUGCUUACUGUAAUGCUGCUCCUCCACACAAACAGUGACUGAAAUCAUGGCAACUUCACAGUCUUUGGUUCUGCAGCAUUUGCUCCUUCUACCAGUUCCUGGUAAAUCUGGCAUUUGAGCUGAUGCUUGUCUUACAUGGAUUUCAACUAUUUUUUUCUUGAUUAUUUUUCAUAAUUAAUUUGUUACUUUAAUAAUGAGAACAGUAGCAAGUCUGUGAAAGGCAGAAUUGUUCAUUAUAUAUGUUAAGUGUUUAACUUUUGCCUCUUUGUGUAUAUUCUUGUUUUGUUCAUAGUCACUGCAUGGAGGCUAACACUGAUGUGUUAAGACCUGAUGCAGAAAAAAAUGAUAGAAAGUGUUUUGCUUCCUGCCAAUGUCCUUAAUGGCGUUUAUCGUCAUUAAGAAAAUAUGUGUCCGAAAUUACUCUUUAUUUGUGAAGGAUGUUUUUAACAGGUGAGUUUAUGGCUCAGGUAUUUAUGGUGCCCUUUGCUAAAGGUAUGCAAUAGGGAGAAAUUAAAUUGAUGUAAUGAGAUCUAAAUGUUUGAUCAGUAAGUAUUAUAAAGGCCACAAAAAUGGCAGGCCAAAAAUGGUUUUAUAUAGUAAAAUGAACAAAGUGUGGAUAUUCUGAGAAUAGCGCAGAAUACUUCGCUUGCCUGCAAGCAAAAUGUUCUUGUAUUUUAACUUUUGGAAGGCAACUAUUGAAGGAAAACAUUCUGACUUCUCUAUUAUUUUGUUUUCUUGGUUAAAGCUUAUGGUGAAAAUUUUAGUAAAUUGAUUACGGCUUAUGAAAAAGUCUUUGCCUUUAGUUAGGAAUCAUUUAACUUGGACAGUGAGCUCAGGAAGCUCAAGGAAAACUUUCAUGAGCAGGCGGGGUCUGUCCUGAGCCCCCUGAACAAGCAAAUAUGAGCAGGACCACCCAGACAAUUGAUGUUGUGUGCAGCUUUGUCAUGAGGGUAACUCCACCAUGCUUGGGUGUCUGGCCAAUGUCCCUGGUGUGUGUGAACCUUAUAAGUCAUGAGACAGUGCACACCUGCACUUACCCUAAUCUUAAAAGAUUGCAUACACUCAGUGUUUAAACUGGUUUUUUUUUUUACUGAGUAUAAAGGCGGGCAAGCUCUGGAACUGGGCCAGAAGUCUCACCUAUGGGUGGAUGCACGGCGCAGGAUUUUUCCCAGUUGCCGAGAGACUCCUGACGUUGGCUGCAAUGGGCCUUCCCAGCUGAAGUGUGGGCUUGGAUGGUGUUAAUGUGGUAAUUGCUGAUGAAUCCUUUUUUUAGUCUCUGUAAUGCUUUGUAGUAAUGAUCCAAUGCUUCACUCCUAUUGCUCUUUUAUUGUAAUGUGCAUAAUAACUAGUACUGUUUCCUUUUAUCAUAUUGCAUGGUAUUUUCCUUUAUUGUAUUGUAAUACAAUAAACUGCAUUUAUUUUGUGUUUGA